GCCUGGAGGAUGCAAAUGGAAGAUGGUGUCCAAUGGGAAGACGACAACGCAGCAGAGCAAAGAGGUGUAUGGAACAAGUGCAGCGGGCGAUGGAAAGAACGGGUCAGACGUAACUGCGUUUUGUUUCUUCACCACCCCCUCUUUCUUCCUAUAUAUACUGUAAACGCCAUUCCAUUUGUUUCUCUCUUUGAUCUCUCUCUCUCUCACAGGUCCACCCUUCUUUGCUCACAUAGUCGCAGCCUAGAGAUGGAUACCUUCCUCUUCACCUCUGAAUCUGUCAAUGAAGGCCACCCCGAUAAGCUCUGUGAUCAGGUCUCAGAUGCAAUCCUCGAUGCCUGCCUUGAGCAAGACCCUGAGAGCAAAGUUGCUUGCGAGACGUGUACCAAAACCAACAUGGUCAUGGUCUUUGGCGAGAUCACCACCAACGCAAAUGUAGAUUAUGAGAAAAUAGUUCGAGACACUUGCAGAGGCAUCGGCUUUACCUCAGCUGAUGUAGGCCUCGACGCCGACAACUGCAAGGUUCUUGUCAACAUUGAGCAACAGAGUCCUGACAUUGCACAAGGUGUUCAUGGUCACCUCACCAAGAAACCAGAGGAGAUUGGAGCUGGGGACCAAGGCCAUAUGUUUGGCUAUGCCACCGAUGAAACCCCCGAAUUCAUGCCUCUUACUCAUGUUCUUGCCACCAAGCUCGGUGCCAAGCUCACCGAGGUCAGGAAGAACAAAACUUGCCCAUGGCUGAGGCCUGAUGGGAAGACCCAAGUGACUGUUGAGUACAAGAACGACAAGGGAGCCAUGGUUCCUAUUCGUGUGCACACUGUUCUCAUCUCAACCCAACACGAGGAGACUGUCACAAACGAGCAGAUUGCAAGUGACUUGAAAGAACAUGUUAUUAAACCAGUCAUCCCAUCACAAUAUCUUGAUGACAGAACCAUUUUCCACCUCAACCCUUCGGGCCGGUUCGUCAUUGGUGGACCGCAUGGUGAUGCAGGACUCACUGGCAGGAAGAUCAUCAUUGAUACCUAUGGUGGUUGGGGUGCUCAUGGUGGAGGUGCAUUCUCAGGGAAGGAUCCAACUAAGGUGGACCGAAGCGGUGCUUACAUUGUUAGACAGGCAGCCAAGAGUGUGGUGGCUUCUGGGCUUGCCCGACGCUGUAUUGUGCAGGUUUCUUAUGCAAUUGGUGUGCCAGAACCAUUAUCAGUGUUCGUUGACACCUACGAAACAGGGAAGAUUCCGGACAAGGAUAUAUUGGCUCUUAUAAAGGAGAAUUUUGACUUCAGGCCUGGUAUGAUGUCCAUUAAUCUGGAUUUGAAGCGAGGAGGCAAGUUCAGGUUCCAGAAGACUGCUGCUUAUGGUCAUUUCGGCCGUGACGACCCAGAUUUCACUUGGGAGACUGUAAAGCUCCUCAAGCCUAAGGCUUGAAAUCAGAGUGUUAUUCAUUCUGCAACUGGUUAUUAUCGUAGCCAGCAUUCUGCUUGUGGAGGAAGAAGAAUAAAGAAGCUUCAAUGCAUACAUCUGAUAGUUAGGUCUACUUUCCAAGGCUCUAGUAAGACGUAGCAAUAGCAGAUGUUUGCUUCAUGUUGAGGUGGUAGCAUGUUUUGAGUCUUCGAGAUUUUGUAGCAUUUUUAUUUUUUUCCAUAUUUUUUUUUUCGCCAGUAAUUCUUUCUAAAACCAAGCUGCAGAGUGUUUUAGACAGUCAUUUAUUCAAUUGGAUCAAUUAUUAAUUUAUCAUAUUCAAGAAGGUUAUCUUGAAAAGUCA